GAAAAAGGCAUAAGAAUUCCAAAGCAAAUUAUGCCAUCCGAUCGCAUUAAGCGCCAAGAAAUUAAAACUUUGCAACAACGAUGGAAAAUGAAGCACACUGACCGUGCUGGUGAUAUACCGAACUGUCCAUCCAUUGAAGAUAUCGUCAAAAUGCCAAUUGAGGAAAAUCUACCAGCAGCGGUGAAUUCUGCAACAAAUAGUACCGUAUCUACAGCUCCACCCCAGUCAUCAGAAUCCUCGGCCCAAGCACAGAUUACCACUACUGCUCGUGAAAUAUCACCGGUAGAGUCCGUAGUGCCGCAAAAUUCCUCAGAUACAUCGUCGCUACCUUUUCGCCGCAGAAUUUCUCGAUCUCGACGCCGACAACGUAGCAGAAAGAGUAGUAAAAACUACUUCGAUGUGUCACGAUCAGGCAGCGACUACGCUAUCCAGGCACCAGCAUGGGAAAGAAGAGAUGAUAUCCCUAUGUGUCCUGAUAUUGAACAUAUCUGCCAGCUUGACCAGAACAUUCAAGAGGAUGAAAUGUCGGCCCAACGAUUUUCCUUCGCUCUUUACCAGCUAGUCGAUGACUUCUUCCUUCUGCUGACCAAAAUGACAGAAUUGUUUAAAAAUCAUCCGCGUCCAGCGACAACAAUUGGUUUCAUUGUCGCUAGCUACCUGAUCAUUUGUUAUCUGGAGCUUUCUAUUGCAGCUUUAGUUGAAUUGUUGGCUCAGUCAACUUGGCCAAUAUUCCAUGCUUUUUUGCUCUUUACUGAACGCUUUGCUACCAGUUUCAGCUCGUUUAUGCGUUCUUCCGAUGACAUUGUGCAAGGUGCAUACUGCGAUGUGGCAGAAAUUUGGUGUCGACAUUUCCAGAUGAUGUGCGCGGAUAGAUGUUCAUUUUUCAAUUUGGCAUUAGAACGAUUGAGAACAAAGUGA